AUGGCGACAAUAGAAAAGCUUAAGCGUAUCAACACCGACCUGGCGGCUGAGAACGCCUCUUUCCGCAGCCGUCUCGAUGCACUCCGAUGUGAGGCUGAACACAAGAAGGAUUGCCUACGGCGGAGUGCCCACUAUGUGGCUGCAUUGAAGGAGGAGCGGCGGGAAAAGGAGGACAAUAUUGUCAAGUUGCGAGCUCUAGUGGAAUCUCUGAACGCUGAUAAGAAGGAAUUAAAGGCGGCUGCUAGUCACGUACGUAGCGAUAACGACAGGCUCGAGAGAAUCGUUCAGGAAUUGCAAGAAGAGAUCUCGGCGUUGAAGGCUCUUCGUGACGAAGGGGCUGAUCAAGCACUGGAUCUUCGAGGGACUCUAGCGCGUGUUCGAACAGCCCUGGACCAGUCGAGACGUGAGAGGGAACACUGGAAGCUGCAGAGUUUACAGGCGAGUCGGCACUGCUCGGAAAUGGAUGAGCGAAUCGCUGAGUUGACCAUGAGGGUCAAAGCUCUCGAGCUCGAGAAUGCUCAGCUGCGCGGCCGUGGAGGAGGUCAGCUUCCCUCGGUUGAUGAGGACGUUGAUGAAGUCCGUGACGAUACCACCAGCGGAGAGGAUGAUACCGAGUGGUACCAGCUUACUCAGCGCAUGGCAGCGAUCGCUGCUAGCUCCUGA